AUGGCGGUCAUCUGGUGUUGGGCAUCUUACGGCUUGGCCUCCCGGAGCCAGAUCACGCCGCCGCACAGGCACUUUGUGGACACGACAGAAAACGCGACUGCUUCUGGAAUGAUUCAUCCGCUGCCGGCAGCCCCAACGCUCCGCGGUGUAUGGGUAACGAGUGAUGAUGGUAUAACAAAAAAAGAAGAAAUGACAAAAAUGGCCUCCCAGGGCUUGGUCGCAUAA